AUGUCACCAAAAGUCGCAAUUGCCGGUGCAAGUGGAAACCUCGGCCCAGCCGUUCUGGCAGCACUUCUCGACGCUGGGUUCGAGGUCACGGUCCUGACUAGAGAAAACAAAGACAACAAGUUCGACGAACGAGUCCGUGUAGCUAAGGUGAACUACGACUCGUUGGAUUCACUUACCUCCGCUCUGACCGGCCAAGAGGUGGUGGUCAACACAUUGGGUGUCGGACGAAUCCCUAAAGAGACACAUCUUCGAUUGAUCGAUGCGUCUGUUGCGGCGAAAGUUCAGCGAUUCAUUCCUUCCGAGUUUGGUGCUAAUACUACCAACCCUCGCGCUGCACAGCUUCCCGUUUACGCGGAUAAAGUGGCUAUCCAAAAACACCUGCAGGAGGCAUCCAAUUCCAACGACACGUUCUCUUACACCCUUCCGAUCACGGGUCCCUUUCUGGACUGGGGCUUGAAGACCAAGUUUAUACUGAACCACGAGGGCCCGGAAGUCGAACUGUAUGACGGCGGUGAUCAAAAGUUCAGCGCCACGACGCUGGCUGGCAUCGGACAGGCAGUGUCUGGAAUCAUCCGCAAUCUGGAGGCGACAAGAAACCAAGCCGUAUACGUUAGGGAGGCCAAUGUGUCGCAAAAGGGGCUCCUUGAGCUAUCGGGCAAGCAGCUUGCAACAAGGACGGUGAGCACGGCCGAAUUGGAGAAGGAGGCUUACGACGAACUUGGCAAGCCCAACCCGAAUCCAGCCGUAUUUGGCUUCAACUUCCUGCGACGGGCUAUCUUUGGCGAAGGUUUUGGUGGUUUGGUACCGGCAGAGGAGCUGUCAAACGACUUGCUUGGAGUCCGGUCCCUGAGCGAUGCAGAGAUCCGGGAUAUUGUGGUGAAGAAUACUUGA